CAUCUGUUCUUCCACAGCGAUUACAAAGUGACUGACAACCUCCUAUUUACUAUAAACACAGAGCUGAGUGCUGCUUCCUUCCUUUUCCUGGAUGAGACAUUUCACAUGCAGGACAACAUGAAGAAGAAAAAGCAGCGGGCCCGAAAACUAACCAAAAAACAGCAUGAAAAUGUCUCCAUGGACAAAACGUCCCGGUCCUUCAGGUCCAACCGGCCGGAGUUUGAGAGCUUCCUGUCUGAGAUGACUCGGUGGUUUUCAGACCAUCAGCUGCAGGUGGACGAGCUGUUCAGACACAGUGACGCAGACGGAAGUGGAUCAGUCAACCUGAAGGAUUUCUACCUGGGUCUGAUGAACUUGGACGUCGCUUGUCAGCAGUUUCAGCUCCACAUGCUGACUCAGCAGCUGAAGACCGCCAACGACAUGAUCAGUUAUCGAGACUUGAGCAGACAAGUGCAAAGACUGAGACUGUGUGAUGACACAGAGAACGACACUCAGAAAUCAAGAUGUGAUCAACAUCAACUGUUAAACCCUGAAAACGGAAGGAGGUUCGUCCGUCUGAGUGUCAGACUGAUCCCCUUCGAUGGCGCUGCAGCUCAUCCAGGAAAUUUUGAGGUGGAUUUGUUGAGCAGCAGCAGAGUCUUCAGUCUGAUCAGGAUGAUCCAGGACCGGGUUGGGAUCCAGACCUCCAGGCUGGAGGUUUUCCGGAGCAGAGUGCCCACAGAGGAGGCCCGCCUGCUCCCAGAGAGCCUCCUGGAGGAGUGUGGCUUCAGAGGAGGGCCAGAGGGAAGUCCUCCAGAGGACACUGUGUACUACGACUACAGCCUGCUGUUAACAGACUGCCCCAUCCUCAACUGUGACCACUACUUCAGAUCAAUGCCAGAUGCUGCUGCCGUUAAGAGUGGCCUCUGUCCAUAAGUUAGUGUUUUUAGCAAUGCUAUAUUUAGAGACGCUGGGCCGUCCCAGUAUCUCAACUAUUUGAUGAAGUUGCUUGAAAUUUAGUAAACACAUUUAUGUUCCCCAGAGGAUGAAUCCUACUGACUGUGGUGACUUUGGAUGAAUUCUGCUGACUUUUCUUCUAGUACCCCCAUGAGGUUAACGUUAAUGGUUUUUGAGUAAAACGUCUCCACAACUUCUGUUUGGAUUGCCAUGAAAUUUGGUGCAGACAUUAAUGUUCACCUCAGGAUGGAUUGUAAUAAUUUUUCGUCGAUCCCUUAACUUUUCCUUUAGGGGCAUCAUCAGGUCAAAGUUUGAAUGUGUAACACUUUGGUUUACGACCAAAUACCUGCAAAACUAAAGACAUUCUCA